UAGGGUGCGGCCAGGUGGUCGCCUUUUCCAAGUAGACAAGUUGAGAACUUGAUGGCGGCUUUAUCGUUUUAAGCGAACCACAAAACACACACAGACACUUGGAAGCAGCUUGUCUGUUUUGCCGAUGCGGUUGUCUCAGACAUGGAAGCGUCCAAGCGGGUGUCGUCAUGGUCUGUGCAGGACGUGCUGGAGUGGAUCCAAAAGUGCUAUCCCAGCCUAGUGGGGGUGCUCCAGAAGGCCAUUAUGAAACACGCCAUCUCAGGUCGCGCGCUGCUGAGGCUGCGAGAGCAUCACCUGCACCUCCUCGGGGUGGACGCGGAAGAUCGACAGCAGGAGAUGUUGCAGGACCUCCUCCUCCUCAGAGUGCAGGAGGAGGUGGGAGAACUGGACGACAUUUGCUCAGAAUGUUUCCCUGCGUAACGGACGUCCAUUCAUAAUUCUGCUUCCCGCCCAUUCCAUCCAUUUUUCAUCCAGUCAUCCACCCAUCGGCCGGCAAGGUGCGAGUGACGGACAUCUUAGCAGGAGAGGAAGAAUCGAUGACGAGGGAAAGAAUGUAAUUUCCUGUGUGAAACGUCAGCCCGGUAGAUGGAUGUCAUCGCAAUUCUUAUUCUUCUUCCUUUGUUGUUGUUGUUACGACAACCAAGUGGUCACAAACAUUUACAAAAUGUCAAAUGUUUAUAAACUGAAGAGGAGUGUA